AUGAAUAUAGCAAAAAAAUUUUAAAAACUGUCAGAAAGCAAUUUGUGUGUUUUCUAAUCCUAAGGUACUUUGAGGUGUUUGGUAUACUAGAAAUUCCUUCAUUUUAUGAAUUGUGGAACAUCUGUUUCCCUUAAGAAGUUCAAAUUAAAAAGAAACUAUCAAAAUUCGACAAAUAUGCAAAAAAUAAUAGCACUUCUCUUAAUCAUGGAAUCUAACCAAAUAUCUAAUAAGAAUCGCAUUCUAAUUUUUUGUUUUAAAAAUUAAAUGGUUUAGAUUAAUAAAAUAUAGAAUUAUCUAAAGACAAUUAGAUGA